GCACCCAAAUCUGAUCAAAUUGCAACGGGUAUUUUUGACGACCGACCGGAAAGUAUGGUUGCUGUUUGAUUACGCGGAACACGAUUUAUGGCAUAUUAUCAAAUUUCAUCGAGCUGCAAAACAGAAGAAGCAACCAGUGCUUGUUCCAAAGGGUAUGGUCAAAAGUCUUCUCUAUCAAAUAUUGGAUGGUAUACAUUAUUUGCAUUCAAACUGGAUUCUUCAUCGCGAUUUGAAACCUGCUAAUAUUCUUGUGAUGGGCGAAGGUCCAGGUGUAGAACGUGGCAGGUUAACUUUUCAAAAAUUUUUCCAUUUGUUGGGAUUUUGA